AAUGCCUCCAAACUGCUUUCCUCCAAACAGGAGGUGGAGAGAAGUAAGAACCAGCUGGAAUAUGUCCUAAAUCAAAGGAUGGAGAUGCUUAAGGCUGAAGGGGCGAGCAGGGCGAGCAUGCAGACGAGUUACAGCAGAACCAAAGUCGGGUACGGCGACUCAAAGACUGCGCUCGCCGAGAGACAGUCAAGGACGCUGUUCGUUUCACAUCCCAGUAAAUACGCCGAGGUCAUAUAUGAUGAAGAAGAAGAUGAAAGCCCAGAGGUGAAAGAAGCAAGCUCUGGUACAGAGAGUAAUUAUUACGUCCUGGUUCAUAAAGACAUGCCCUCCACAACUCUGCCAGAGCCUGAGAAGUCAGACAAUCAAGACUCACUUCCUGAGACAUCCUCUCAGGACAAAGAAGCUGGGGCAUCAUUUGCCAACGCUGAGGAAAGAUCGAAGGCAGAUGAAUUAGAAAACUUUCAAAUAACCACUGACCAGCCUUACUCAGACAUAGGAAGCUUUGAAGAAUAUGAGGGCGAAUCAGAAGAAAAAGUUCAGGUUGAUGAUGAUACAAAGGCAUCCCCAGAAGUCCAGUUGCCUAAACUGACCCGGAAACAGGCCCGAAGGAAGAGACGCAGAGCGUUUUUUAUAACAGUGAAGUCUCCUGAUAAUUUGACCAUGCUUUCAAGAACACCGUCUGAAAUUGAGAAUCUUGAAGCCACCAGAUAUGAGUAUAUUUAUAAUGAAAGCAAAGAACCACAGAAAAACAUCAUGCCUGCACAAGAAGACUCAAAAGCAGAAGUGAAAAUAAAGAAGCAAAAGCACAAAACAACAAAAGUCAGUUCUCAGGGGGGAGUAGUAGAUGAAGAUCAGGAACGAACAUCCAAGGUCAAGCUUUCAGACAAGAAACAAGAAACUUCUAAGCAGAAAAAACACUCCACUCCUGGUGCAAUAGAAGAUAUAAAUCAAGAAUCAGCGACAAAAGUUGAAAAGCAGUCAAAGAAGGUCAAAAUUCCAAAAAAGGAGAGACCUAGUUCUUAUGACCGCAUGCCACACAAAGCCCUUGAGCCUGGACGUGAAGAUUUGGUGUCAAAAGCUGAAGUACAAGUAAAAAAACUAAAACCUGGAGGAGAGGAGCAUGCAAUUUCUUCUGAAAUCCAGGAAAAGGGCAUACCACUUGAAAAUCUGAAGCCUGAGGAGAAACUUCUUUUAAAGGGAAGCCAGUCUCAAGUGGAAAUACUUGACCUCUUGAUAUACAUGGAAGUCCUGAUAUGCAUGGAGCUCCUGAGGUACGUGGAACUCCUGAUAUGCAUGAAGCUCUUGAUAUACACGGAACUCCUGAUAUACGUGGAGCUCCUGAGGUACGUGGAAGUCCUUAUAUACGUGGAGCUCUUGAUAUACACGGAACUCCUGAUAUACGUGGAGCUCCUGAGGUACGUGGAAGUCCUUCUAUACGUGGAGCUCUUGAUAUACAUGGAACUACUGAUAUACACGGAGCUCCUGGGGUACGUGGAGCUCCUGAGGUACGUGGAAGUCCUUCUAUACGUGGAGCUCUUGAGGUACAUGGAAGUCCUUCUAUACGUGGAGUUCUUGAGGUACGAGGAAGUCCUUCUUUACGUGGAGUUCCUGAGGUACGAGGAAGUCCUUCUAUACGUGGAACUCCUGAGGUACGUGGAAGUCCUUAUGUACAUGGAGCUUCUGAAGUACGUGGAAGUCCUUAUCUACAUGGAGCUCCUGAGAUACUUCGAACUCCUGAUAGACUUGGAGCUCUUAAGAUACAUGGAACUUCUGAGAAGUUUGGAAUUUUUGGAGGCCUCGGGCGUCACGCAGGACGCCAGGACCUUGGUGUUCACUCUGCUGUCUUCCAACCCGGCCGGCUUCAUCCCACCUCUUCUGUCCAGAGAAUGUCAAAUGAAAGAAAGUGAAGAACCAGUCACCUCUGCCACAAGCCACGUCAUUAGGAAAGGGUCAGCCGAGAGCCAGCUUCCUCAGGUGUGA